CGAAAGCGUCAGGAUCAAAGAGCUCUCUUGUGAGCAAUUUCUCGUGUGCUUCUAUUGAUAGAAGUUGAUGUGAAAACAGAUAGGCUUUUUAACUUUCCAGCAACUAUUCAAAGAAGAUCCAGCGUCGAGCUGCUCCCGCACACCUAGUUUACCGUCUUCCUUAGCAGCAGAAAUCCCUAAGCACCGAUCAUCCCAUCUUCUCCACCGCUGAAAUGCCAGCGAUAACACCAUACAGGACCAUGCGAGGCCACUGGCAUACCGGCUUCGUAGAAGGUGUUGUGCACCCGCUGCCUGGAGGGCAGCGAAUCAUCACGUGUUCGUAUAACGGUCCACCUAAACUGUGGGACCUAGAAAGCGGCGCUCAGAUAGGCGACGACUGGAAAGAUGAGGGGGAUAACGUGGGAUUGAAGACCAUAGCAUUAUCUCCGAAGGGCGACAUGAUGGUAAGCGGAAGCAUUGAUGGGACAAUGAGGUUGUGGGACGUUAAGACGGGAAAGGUCACCGCCAGAUGGAGAGGACACACUUCAUUUGUGCGGUGCGUGUGUUGGAGUCCGGAUGGUGAACGAGUAGUAAGCGGAGGAAACGGCGGAACAGCAAAAAUAUGGAAUGUCAACAGCGCUGCACCGGUCCUGGAUCUGAAACCAAUCAAGACGGGGUACGAGUCGGUGCAUGCGGUGAGCUACUCGCCUGACGCAACAAAAAUCGCGACUGGGGGUUUCAAUGUUAGCAUCUGGGACGCCAAGACAGGCAAGCGACUCUCGAUUUUCAGGGCUAGUACUUUUAGCACCGAGUCGACAGUCGGACCCGCUGGAGUCGUCCGGAGCCUGGCCUGGACGUCGGAUGGAAAGAAACUUAUCUCCGGAUCCUCGGGUGGGUCGAUUACGAUAUUCAAUUUAAACACUGCCACAUGGCUGCAGACCGCCGUUCUUAAAGGUCACCGAAGCCCUGUCUAUGGCCUCGCAUUGUCACCAAAUGACCGUUUCCUUGUGGGCACAUCAGAGGAUCAGACUGUGCGUCUGUGGAAUCUCGAUACAAAGUUCCUAGUCGGUCCACCCCUCCAGCACGAGCAUUCUGUCACCAAUGCAGCCUUGUCUGCUGAUGGAAAGCUGCUAUCCACAGGUUGUGCGGAUGAAAACACGUACGUGUGGAACAUUCACGCCAUCCUCAAAGCAAGUGGCCUAGAAAACCUCUUACCCAUACUUGAUGCACCAAAAAUUGAACUCAAGCAGAAGGUGCACGAGUUAUCUCAUGGCUCUUCAAACACAGAGGACAUUUCCCCCUCCGAGUCGUCGCAGGACUUAGAAGUUAAGUCAUUUUUGGAGGCUGAUGCUACGGGAUGUCCUGACCCGCUCGGGGAUGUUAAUCAACUCCCACCAGGUUUUUUUGACGACAGGAAAGCCGAUGCUCAUACUAAGUUUCAGUCCGCCGCAACAGCUGAUGCUCGUCCUAAUUUUUUUGCACUCCGUGGUCGCCUUUCCUCGUUCCUUCGUCGCUCUCGACCAAAUGAAGCGAUUGAAACUCAUAAACCUCCAGUGUCUUUGGAGUCACUCCUAAAUCGCCUGUCCUCGCUCCUUCGCUCUCCGCCGAACACUGAUGAAAUAUCCGAACUUCCGCAACCCCCAAUUCUUGCGCGAUUAAGUCCACAAAUGCUCCUCGGUCACCUGUCCUUACUCUUACCCCAUUCUCGACUCCACACUGACGAGGCAACUGAACCUCAGCAAUCCCCAACGCCCCCGGGGUCACGUCCAGGUGUAUUUAUUGGUCGCCUGUCCUCCCUCUUCCGCUCACCACCCAACACCAAUGAAGCAACCGAACUUCAGCAAUGGUCAAGGCAAAUUACCUCUUUUCAUUGCAGUCCUCGGGUUGUCGAAGUUGUCGCGCAACGCGACAAACAAGCAUUGUAUGUUUCUCCGCCGCCGCAGGAAACAGCUAGUGAUAAGGCGAAACGCAUCAAGAACCCCACACGAUGGGUUCGUGUAGUGUUGUUUCUUUGUUGCGUCUCUCCUGGUACCGACGAGACUCAUUGUAGCACAUAGCUAACUAUCUUCUGAAUCGUCUAGACAUUCUAGUUUUUUUGUCUCGUACAUAGCUUACCGACUACUUCAUCAAAAUAUGUAUUUCAUAUUUUGUCUCGUUGUGCUCAAAUCCAGCACAUAUUUCUGUACAGAUCCACUAUGUAAACCUGUAUGUAGC